AGUUCCAUUGCUGCACUCGCUGAAAUAACUUAAGUAACCGAUUGCAAAAAAAGUUGUUCAGGAAACAAUAAAAUGUGGGAUUUUUAAUAUUUUGUGUUAAGUGCCUUUUUUAUUGCUGGAUUAAAUAACAAAAUAAAAGAAAAUGUCACCGAAGGUUCCAACAGCAAAAAAUCCAAGAGAAACGGCGAAUAUAUUUUCAUAUUGCACGUUUGCAUGGUUUAUGCCAACAUUUCUAAAAGGAUACCAAAAACAAUUAAACGAAGAAGAUUUAUUCAAAACUUUAGACAGUCAAAAGUCGAGUUAUUUAGGUGAUCGUUUAGAACAAGAAUGGGAAAGGGAAAAGUUAAAAGAUCAACCUUCCCUAACGAAAGCAAUUUGGGAAGUCUUCGGAAUAAACUUCGUUUCGUACGCUUUAGUUGCAGUGGCAACUGAAUUAAUUUUCAAAGUAGGGCAAGGUUUAUCAUUCAUAAGACUUUUAAAAUACUUUUCUGAUGACACCUCAUCGAUAUCAACGCGUGAAGCUUACGUUUACGCUUCAGUUUUAAUUAUAUGCGGAUUUGCAAUUGCAAUUGGUUCUCAUCUUUACAUGUUUGGAUAUCAAAUUUUGGGAAUGAAAGUUCGCGUUGCUUGUUGUUCGUUAAUCUAUCGGAAAUCACUGAAAAUCAGUAAAGGUUCAAUGGGGAAUACCACCGUGGGCCAUUUAGUUAAUUUAUUGACGAAUGAUGUGAGUCGAUUUGAUUUCGCAGCUAUUUUCAUAAACAGUUUAUGGUUAUCGCCGUUACAAAGCAUUGUUGUUAUGAUUAUUUUAUGUUUUGAAACUGGAUGGACUGGAAUUAUUGGAGUUCUUGUUUUUAUUAUUGUUAUUCCAAUACAGAUUUUGGUUGGGAAAAAAAUUUCCAUUUUAAGAUUACAAACAGCAUCCAUCACCGAUGAAAGAGUGAAAGUUAUGAACGAAAUUUUAUCUGGGAUUCAAGUUAUAAAAAUGUACACUUGGGAACAACCCUUUAUCAAAUUAAUUAAUCGAAUAAGAAAUUCUGAAAUCAAAAAAAUUCGUUACACAUCAUUUUUGAUCUCGGUAACUUUAGCUUUUAUUAAUUUCCUUCCAAAGCUGGGGGUAUUCGCAAGCGUUAUUGGUUUCGUUUUAGCCGGAUAUAUUCUAAAUCCAAUGCACGUUUUUAGUUUAGUCGUAUUCUACAACAUGCUGAAACUUUCAUUGAACAUCUAUUUCCCGCAAGGAAUGUUUAGAACUGCGGAAGCUUUAGUUUCAGUCAAAAGAAUCCAAGAGUUCCUUUCGGAAGGUGAAAUCUCCAAUUUAAACGGUUUUAAAGAAAAAUACAAAAAGAUCGAGGAGAUUCGCGAAAUCGAUAAACCAAUUGGCGUUGAAUUUAUAAACGCUUCAUCAAAAUGGGAUAAAAAAUUGACCGAAAACACGUUAGAAAAUUUAUCGUUAAAGAUUCAAAAUUCUUCGUUAGUUGCGGUUGUUGGAUCUGUUGGAAGUGGAAAAAGUAGCUUUUUAAAUGUAAUCUUAAAAGAACUUCCUUUAAUUUCGGGAAAGAUUGAUGUACAGGGAACGAUUUCUUAUUCGCCACAAGAAGCGUGGUUUUUUAUAGGAACCGUAAAAGAUAACAUUUUAUUCGGCCAACCUUACAAUGAAACUCGCUACAAGAAAGUAAUAAAAGUAUGCGCUUUAGAAAGAGAUUUAUCAAUAUUUCCAAAAUCUGAUCAAACGAUCAUCGUCGAAAACGGAGCUAAUUUAAGCGGUGGACAAAAAGCUCGCAUUAACUUAGCUCGGGCGGUUUAUAAAAACUCCGAUAUUUACUUGUUAGAUGAUCCGUUAGCAGCAGUUGAUAGCCACGUUGCUAAACAAAUUUUUGAUGAGUGUAUCUCAAAAUAUCUCAAUAACAAAUGUGUCAUUUUAGUAACAAAUCAGUUACAAUUUUUAAAAUACGUCGAUUAUAUUUAUUUAUUAGAAAAUGGGAAAUUAGCAUCAAAAGGAACUUAUAAAUACCUUCAAGAAGCCAACGUUGGGUUUUUAAAGAUUUUGGGCGAUGUGGGUGAUGAAAAAUCAACGCUUAAUCCAGCAGAAAUUCAUGAUGAUUAUGAUUAUAAUGGGGAGAACGAAGAAAAUAACGAUAAAGAAGCUCGAGAUGAUGGCAUGGUUGAUUUAAAAGUAUACAAAACUUAUUUAAAAGCUGGAGGAAGAUUUUAUAUUCACUUUUUAAUUUUAUUAGUUGUUAUUGUUUAUGAAGGAGCUUGUACAAUUGCUGAUGCAGCUGUUAGUUAUUGGAGUAACGUUGACAAAAUGAUGGUGAUUAAUAACGGAACAUCUAAUGAAACUUUAUUAACUCGUGAUGAUCACAUGGUGAUUUUUGCUGGAAUUAUUAUCGUUGUUAUUAUUACAGCGGUCAUAUCAGCAAUUGGAUGUUUUAUGUUAUUAAUAGAAUCAUCAAAAAAUCUUCAUAAUCGAAUUUUUGGACGAGUUGUGACAGCACCGAUGAGAUUUUUCCAUUUAAACCCAUCCGGAAGGAUUUUAAAUCGAUUUUCGAGAGAUCUCGGGUUAUUAGACGAUUAUCUUCCUGGAGUUAUAAUCGAUGCUUUAGUUAUCGCUUUGGUUAUCGUGGGAGUUUUAAUUUUAGAAACUGCAAUAAACCCUUGGCUUUGCGUUGCUAUGAUUCUGCUUUUAACAUCACUCUACGUUUUAAGACUUUUUUAUUUACCAUCAAGUGUUGCAAUAAAACGCCUGGAAGGGAUUACGCGAAGCCCAGUUUAUACUCACAUGAACACCUCGCUUCAAGGAUUAUCAACAAUUCGAGCUUUUCGCGAACAAACUUCUUUCGUAGAAGUUUUUGAUAAUUACCAAGAUAUCCACACUUCAACUUGGUUUAUGUAUUUAUCCAGCAUUCAUGCUUUUGGAUUCCUAAUAGAUGCUUUAUGCGUGGUUUUAGUCUUCAUUGUAACUUUCAGUUUUUUUAUUGUUGAAGAAUCUUCGGCUGGAAUCGCUGGAUUAGCGAUAACCCAAUCGAUAAUGAUGAUGGAAAUAACUCAAUGGUGUAUAAGACAAUUUUGCGAAAUGACGAAUAAUAUGACAUCCGUAGAAAGGAUUACGGAAUAUUUAGAGUUAGACGUGGAUGGAAAUGAUGUUAAAAGGGAUACUGUGCCGGAUGAGAAAUGGCCGGAAUUCGGUGGAAUUGAAUUUGAUAAAGUUUCCUUAAGAUACGACCCCGCUGGUGAACCAGUUUUAAAAAAAUUGACGUUUAAAAUUAAACCAGGAGAAAAAGUGGGAAUAGUUGGAAGAACCGGAGCUGGAAAAUCUUCGUUAAGUCUUUCACUUUUUCAAUUAGCUUACACAGACGGAAAUAUUUUAAUAGAUGACGUUAACAUAAAAGAAAUUCCCCUUCAAAAUCUACGAUCGAAAAUUGCAAUAAUCCCUCAAGAACCAGUUCUUUUCUCAGAAACAAUGAGAAAAAAUUUGGACCCCUUCGAAGAAUACAACGAUAACGAUUUAUGGAAUGCUUUAGGCGAAGUUGAAUUAAAAGACGUCGUUAAAGAUUUCCCGGAAGGGCUUCUUACGAAAAUGUCAGAAGGAGGAUCGAAUUUAAGCGUAGGACAACGACAAUUAGUUUGUCUAGCCAGAGCUAUUAUAAAAAAGAAUAAAAUUCUAAUUAUGGAUGAAGCAACAGCUAAUGUUGACCCGAAAACCGAUGCUUUAAUUCAAACAACCAUAAGAAAAAAAUUCAGAAAUUGCACCGUUUUAACAAUAGCUCAUAGAUUGCAUACAAUCAUCGAUAGUGACGUCGUUUUAGUUAUGGAUGCUGGUGAAGUUAAAGAAUUUGAUCAUCCACAUAUUUUAUUGCAAAAUAAAGGUGCAUUUUUUGAAAUGGUUGAAAAAACUGGAAUUGCAAUGAGUGCAAAUUUACAUGAAAUUGCUCAAAAUUCUUAUAAUAAUAUUAAUAAAAAAGAAGUUUUUAGUGAGGUAGUUUUGUAAGAUUCUUUUUGAUAAAAUGUGCUCGAUAAGUAUUAAAAGAAUUUGUUUUAUUAUUACAAUAAUUACUCUAAUCGAAUUCUUUUUGUUGUUACUAAGUGGUUACUGCUCUAGACUCAACACUUACCUAUAGGAGGAAUAAAUAGUACAAUUAUUUUCGAUGGAAAUGUCGAGAUUUUUAGAAAUGUUUCGUUCGAAUCAUGCUAAAUAGAAAAUAAAUAUUUAUACUUCAA